AACAAAUUGUGAGAUUAACCGCUUCAUGCCGAGAUUCGAUAUUCGGCAACUGGGCACCAUGCCCGCCAAUACCGCUGGUCUGUGGAAGCGGGUGACCUUUCUGCUGGCACUUCCGGCCAUCGGCCUGUGCGCCCUAAAUGCCUUUUCCGGCCACAAGCAUGUUGAAAGGGAGCCGUUCGCCAAGUACGAGUAUAUGAGGCGCAGGACCAAGCGGUUUCCCUGGGGAGAUGGCAAUCGCAGCCUGUUCCACAAUUCGGAGGUAAACGCUUUGCCCGAGGGCUACGAGGAUGAGGUGGCUGAAGAGGACUGAUAUCGUUUUUCCUAACAUUUUU